AUCGCUGGUGUUGUGGUUGCUCAAGUCAGAGGAACAGUUUGAGGGCCGCUUAUAGGUGUUAUUAUCAUCGAGUGCGACGUCAGCGAUGAGACACGAAAGGGAGGGGGAGAGCGCGUGAGAGAGCCCUGUAAUUCACCCCUACUGUCUUAACAAAUCAAGCCGUUCAGCAUAGUCCCCUUUGUGUAUUCUCAAGAAAACAUUGCGUAGUGAGCUCUGCUCAAAGCCACCAGUGCAUCUGCUGCUGAGCUGAGAGUCUUCAUUUCGGACAAUAUCGGUGGGUUUUGGUGCACUGAGCGUUUGCGCGAGAACCGUUAUAUCGCCUUGACGCAGUUGAUGCUGAGCAGACCGCGCGCGCACUAACCGGGACGUAACUUCCUGCCGAAUCGCACCGAGGACUCUUUCCUGUUUUCUGGAAGGAGAUGGAGGAGGAAUUCAGCACGUAAUAGACGAUUUAAUGAGAGAUGCUCCAAGAAAAGGCCUCAGCUGUGGCUGAUGAAGGUGUGACCGUGGCACAGUCUGGUGAGCUUGCUACUGACUCCUCACAUCUGGGCUUGCCUGUGGCCCAGAGCAUCCACCACAACAAUGAAGUAGACCAGAACAUCGAGAACAUCAAAGUAGUUCUUCAUGAGAGGGAACUUUGGAAAAGGUUCCAUGAAUCAGGAACAGAGAUGAUCAUCACUAAAGCAGGCAGGCGGAUGUUCCCCAGCUACAAAGUAAAAGUCACAGGGAUGAAUCCAAAAACGAAGUAUAUCCUCCUAAUUGACAUUGUUCCAGCUGAUGAUCAUCGUUACAAGUUCUGCGAUAACAAAUGGAUGGUGGCUGGAAAAGCAGAGCCGGCCAUGCCCGGGCGGCUCUACGUCCACCCUGACUCUCCUGCAACAGGAGCUCACUGGAUGAGGCAGCUGGUCUCGUUUCAGAAGCUAAAAUUAACAAAUAACCACCUGGAUCCUUUUGGACAUAUCAUCCUGAAUUCUAUGCACAAAUACCAGCCCAGGUUGCACAUUGUCAAAGCAGAUGAGAACAACGCCUUUGGUUCUAAGAACACGGCCUACUGCACACAUGUGUUUCAUGAAACCUCAUUUAUCUCUGUGACAUCCUAUCAAAACCAUAAGAUUACCCAGUUAAAGAUCGAGAACAAUCCCUUUGCCAAAGGUUUUCGUGGUAGUGAUGAAGGAGAGCUCAGAGUGUCCAGACUCCAAGGGAAAGACUACCCAAUGAUUUCCAAAAACAUGGCAAGGCAACGGCUCAUCACAUCACAUACCCAUCUGGCUGGAAAGUUAAAUGCAGGGGUACUGAGUGGUCACCCGCAGGUCCACUCUCAUUAUCAGUAUGAUAGUGGGAUCGCCCUGUCCGGUUCUGACCCACAGGAGCCUCUAUCCAACCCAUUUCCUUCUGGCAGAGAGUCCAGCCUGCUUUACCAUUGCUUUAAGCACAGAGAUAACAACAGGCAUUUGGAGUUGGGCUGCAAGCGGCCCUACCUUGACACGGCACCCUCGGCUGUUUCAGAGGAGCACUACUUCCGCUCCCCUUCUUCCUAUGAGCCCUCUUUACUGUCUCACCCCUACUGUGGUGAAGCAUUGGGCUCUAGAGAGGCUUGCAUGUAUGGAGGAAUGGAUGGUGAUGCAGGAGCUGUAGGUGUAGCUAGUACCGAGGACAUGCCUCCACCCUCGAUGAACUGCAACAUGUGGGCAUCGGUGCAGCCCUAUCCUCGCUAUGGUAUGCAGACUGUUGAGGCUGUGCCCUACCAGCCCUUUAGUGCCCACUUAACAAGCACAGCCACCACUGCAUCCAUCGUCUCUCAUCACUCGGCAUCUAUGCAACGGCCACAAGCUGCACCUCAGGUUCCAGACCUGGUGUCUUUCGGUACACAGCGGGCUUUGCCACCAGUGCUGUCUUCCUCUUCCUCAUCUUCCUCGCCCCCUGCUGGUGCUUCCUCAUGUGACAAAUCAGCCCAUCUGCCACUGUACCACAGGAAACCUGGGUCACCUCUGAGAGUCCACAGGGAUUUCUCAGCCUACCCGACCCAAAGCCCUGCAUCAUUGAGAGAACCAGUGUACCAGUAUCAGAUGGGCCCCAGCAACAUAGGGUCCCACUGGACUGACAGCUAAGACAAGAUGCAUAACACCAUUGUAUAGUUUAAUCUGAUGUUUGUCUGUCACCUUAGAGUCAUACACUGUCUCUAAGAACCACAAAGAGAUUAUUUUUCUAUACAACCAUAUUUCCAACUCGUCAAGUUAAUAUGCAAAUAUCAUCCAGAUAUAAUAAGUUAAGAAUUUGUAAAUAUACACCACUGUUCAAAAGUUUGGAGACACCAGUCAUACUUUAUUUAAAUAUCAUUAUGUCAUUACUUAUAAAUGUAUACAAUCUAGAUCUAAAUAAUAUAAGCCAGGCAAUAAGAUGGCUUGUUUCAUUCAAGUAUUUGGGGAAAAAAAUACUAUUAAAUGAUAAGUAAUAUACAGCAAUUACAGCAUACAUAUUUUGCAACUUCUCCAUAAAGCCUCCCCUGGGAUUAGAUCUCCAUUGUUCAAAUAUAUAGCCUUUUGGAUUUGAAUUUUGUUGUAAUAUAUAGUGAUGCUAUACAGUAGAUCAUGCUGACACAUCAGUAAAUGAUCAUAUACUGUUUUACAGCUUCUGUCAUAACAUUAUCUACAGUUUAUGGACUCACAACAAAAUGGAUUUUAUAUUAUUUAAAAUACUGAUUUCAAACUUUUAAGUUGUAAUUCCACACUUUUGAAGAGUAAUGUAUAGAGAGCAUAAAGGAUUAAUUUACUCUAUAUCAAUGUUGUAUUUAUUUGUGUGGUGUAUUGUUUAUAGUUGUGCUUGCAAUUACAUUGGAUGUGACCAUGCAUAAGCACUGCACUGUAUGCACCAUUAACUAUAGCUUAAGGAUGUUCAAUAUGUUUCAGUGCCAAUGGUGUGUUAAAGCACAAAAUGUCAAUGCUAUAUGAUGUCAGUAUAAUGUAGGAGUCAGAUUGGGGUUAAUGAAUUCAACAAAUUGAGGUUUAACAAUAUGAUUUUGGACAACACCAUUUAGCACAAACUCAGAUCCACACUGUGGGGUGGGGUGUCAGUUUUUUUUGUUGUUGUUUUUUUUUUUUUGCUUAGAUAACUAGAUAAGAUGUUCAGAAUCCAGGCCUAAUUACACUGAGCAAAAUAUGAGAAACAAAUACAACAGUCAAUUUGCCCAUACAUUCCAAACAUUCUGGAUGGGAUAGGAUCUUUAACCCAUUGAGGCCAAUGUUGUGUUAUUGAAAUAAUUUAUCUACUGUGGUAUGGUGGUGAUUACUAGAAAUUACCAUACAAAAAUAUGUUGUGGGCUAUAUUUCCUAGCACUAUUGAAAUCAGAGGGCGUAGCACAAUUAAAAUGCUUUCGUCAGUUCCUCAUUAGACUUUAUGUACUUUGAGCUUAAUAUGUUGAUGUGGCCUUAAAUGAGCUCUAUUCUGAUCCAUGCUGUGAUGUGUCCAUAUAGAAUUUGAGAUCUCAACAAUGUGUGCUGAGAGCAUCAAAAUAUAGUUCUGAUCGAGGCAUUAAACUCAAUCCAACAUGGUACACUUAAUGUAACUGGACAUCAGAGAGGGCCUGCACAACCAUAUGGAGGCUUUAAGAGUGAUCCUUAAGCCAAGAAGAGAGAACAGAGAACUGUUAAGAUGUCCAAAAGCAAAGACCCAAAGGACUGAACCCUUACAAGACAGAAAAUGUAAAACAGCAGGCAAAUGGCCAUAACACAAAUUCAAAAAGGAUAAACCAGACCUUGGUAAGCCUGCUCACUGCUCAUUAAGAAAAAAAGGGGCUGUAUCUGAAAACCAUAUGUUGACCUGGUGAUCUGCAUAAUCCAGUUUGCUUUGGAUUCAACAUGUAACAAAAACCAUGAUGAUUUCAGAUUUUUUGCACACCUGUCGAAUAAAUGGUAUUUUUUUUGUCUCCAUUUUUUUGUUUCUAAAAUGGGAUUGUAUUAGACACAUGGUUAAACCAAAGGUAAUCCAAUCAUUACACUCACUGAACUGUAAAGCAGUGGUACAUAUUAAACUGCUGACAUUUCAAAGCAAACUAUCAUGAACGGCUACACUUUGAGAUAGGAGGAGACCUGACCGUACAGUAGUUCCUGUAGUGUUCAGUAGCUUUCAGUUCAUUUUCCCCCCAACAUUGCAUGUGGACUGAAAUCACAUGUUAAUGAUGUCAGAGGGUCAUUAUAUAUCUAUGCAUCAUUAAUCAUGGCCCCUCUGACCACACUCAGAUAUCAGGGAUAAAUACUACAUUUAGGGGAACUAUAUUAUAUAGAUUUUAUACUGAUAAAAUCUUUUGAAAUUAAACUUUUACUAUGUUUUGAGUAAGGUCCAUGAGAUUCCCCUACCGACACUCUUUCAUUGCUGUGCAAUUAAAGUAAAUGUAAUCCUAAAAAAUAUCAGUGACAGAAGUAUUGCUAGGGAUGAGACUAAUUUAUUCAAGCAGUUAUAUUGGAACCCCUGAGAAAUGUAACCCUAGUGAUUAAAAGUGAAUAAAUCAUUGUAAUUGAACUGUGUAUCUAGACACAGAAAUUGCUUUACAGGGACUAUCCCCCACAUGAAGUGUAGGGGAUAGGGGCAAUUACUUGGAUAAUACAACAGCAACAACCAGUCCAUACAGGAGUUUUUUGUGAUUAUUGAUUUUGCUACAUUCUUUUUUUUUUUUUUUUUCCAGAAAUCUACUCGAAUUGUUUUACACUGUGUUUCUCAGUCAUGUUUCUUGGUAAAUGAGACCUCUUUUGCUGUACUGAUGUUCAAUGCACAUGAAUCGAAGAGGGCUUUGGCUGAAUGUGAUUUAUGAUGAUGUCACGUGGCGCGUCUUGACCCAAAUCUGCGGUAAUUUUGAAAAACUGCUAGCUCCUGUGAAUAUUGUGGAGUUUGCUUGAUUUUGCAUUAAUUUCUGCAAUCGCA